ACGGCGGUCUGAUGUGUGACCUUGCAGUGUUUGUAAACAGACACACGUUGCCGUCGCGAAGUGUUACGGACGAUCGCCAUCGCGAAGACCGAGCUACCCUGAACGCGCCUGUUCGUUUCCGUAGAUCGACGCCUGUCGUGCGCAACGCCAUGGAAGUCGAGCCAAUGUGCAUCGUGGAGAAUGAGACGGAGGGAUCUCGCGGUGAUCGGAAAGAGGGGGGCAAGAGGGGACGCAAGCCUGGUAGGAAGGCGGCGGACAAGGCGGACAUGAAAGCUAAGCUCG